AUGCCGGAUACCUACAAACGUGCCGUUAUGAACCUUGUAAAGUCAUAUCCAGAUAUCACUUUUAUCUGGAAAUAUGAAGAUACAAAGGUGCCGUUCGCGGACGGUGUGAAGAAUCUGAUUCUGUCGAAGUGGGCGCCUCAAACGGACUUGCUCGCGGACGAUCGUCUCAUUCUCUUUAUCACACAUGGCGGUGCUGGCAGUUUGCUUGAAAGCGCCACAUACGGAAAGCCUUUGAUUUUUAUACCAUUGUUUGGCGAUCAAGUUAGGAAUGGAAGAAUAGCCGAAAAAUUUGGCUUUGGAAUGAUGCUGGAUAAGUUUAAUCUUCAAAACCUCAAUGCACUGCGAAAUGCUGUCGAAGCGGUUCUUACAAAUAAAAAGUACGCCACCGCUGCCCGUCGGAUUCGUGAUCUUCUUGCCAAGCGACCAUUUUCUCCCGAAGAGAAAUUGGUGAAGACUGUGGAGCUAGCUGCUGAGUUUGGCCAUAUCCCCGAAUUUCUCGUAACGGGGCGAAAUCUUAACUUCAUAGUGUACUAUAACUUGGAUAUAUUUCUUUUACUUUUAGCAUUCUGCUUAUUGACUGCAUUUAUUGUUUUCUAUGGAGCAAGGGGGCUUUUGAAAAGUAUCAGAGAUAAGAAACUUAAAACUCAAUAA